AUGGAGUGGGCUGAGGAAUUAAAAAUGUCCAUAAGAAAGACAACUGCCCGUAAGGGCAGACGAUCCAAAAGUCGUGAUAUACUCAAAGAUUCGCCACAAACUUCGACAAGUGUUGCAACAAAUUCUACCUCUGGACAGAAUCCGGAAUUAUCAAUAGAUUUCAAUUUGGAUUUACAAACGCAGCGACAAACAAAUACCGCCUCAACGGGUAAUAAUAUUUCGGGAACAUUUUCACCUGACUCCACAACAUCCGCCGGCGGUGGUGGCGGAGAAAUUUCAAGUUUAUUAACUGGAGAAUCGAAAUCGAGGCCACCAAUGUUGCGAAGAAUUUCAGGUGGCUGGGCCGAUUCAGCAAGUGGUAGUAAACAAAAGUCCAAAAAGGGUUCAUUUGAUGAUGAGCGUUUUGGCAUAAAAUCAUCGGAGAAUACAUCACCCACAGAUGAUAUUCCCAUUAUACCGGAUCUGGAUGAUAUUAAAGAUGAAACGAUAAUGCACGAAAUAGCCCAACCAGCAUCAUUUGCUGUUAAUCGUGUGGUCACUUUGAAAGAACUCAAUUCCGAUUUAUUGGCCCAAACGGCAUUUUCGGUUAUAGAAGAUGUCGAUUUAUCAAUUCUAACCAAAUGUCUGCAACCGCAAGAAGUAUUGGAUGAACCGGACGAGGUAUGGGAAUGGCAAAAACUAUUUACCGAUGUUGUGGCUGAAAUACAUUCAGAUAAAUCAUCAUUGGAAAAACCUAAGAGAACGGAAUUAAAACCCGAUGAAAUACCGGAAACAAAUUCGGAUUAA